GCUUGUGUAAACAUUCCAUUUCUACUCGAUUACUGGAUAUCAUGUACCUCACAAGUAUUUAUAACUUUGCUAGCGGUUUUAAAGUGGCAUUGUUAUAUUGUACUGCACCGGCUUUUAACUCAAACCUUUAAAGUUCGUAAUUUAUAUCGUGAUUUAACCCUUAUAACGAUACUGAACAUUAUUUUGGUACCCUUAUUAUAUCGGGUUGUAUAUUUUAAUAUGUAAGUAUAAACUAGUGAUUGCUUUUCCUCUUUAUCGCAGAGCGUUAUAUCCUAUUGUAUCCGCUGUCAUGUUAUCAAGCUGACAUUUUCUGCCACGUAUUUGAUUCGUAAUAUCCUGAUUGUAUGCAGUAUUAUCACACACGCGCCACGUUUACCGUUUGUUUACCUACAUAUAUUUAGCACCGGACUCUAUUAAAUAGAAAGUGAAAUGGCAGGAAGUAACGUCAAGCAUGUUGCACUUAUAACUGGUAUAACCGGACAGGAUGGUUCAUAUUUGGCAGAGUUUCUUCUCGAGAAGGGGUAUGAUGUUCAUGGUAUCAUCAGAAGAGCUAGUACUUUUAAUACUGGACGUAUCCAGCAUCUUUAUGCAGAUCCUAAGUCUCACCGUCAAGGCAAAAUGAAAUUACACUAUGGAGAUAUGACAGAUUCUAGUUGUUUAGUUAAAAUUAUUAGUUUGGUUCAACCAACUGAAAUUUAUAAUCUUGCAGCACAGAGCCAUGUGAAGGUAAGCUUUGAACUUAGUGAGUACACUGCAGAAGUAGAUGCAGUUGGAACUUUAAGAUUGUUAGAUGCCAUACGAACAUGUGGACAAGAAAAAACUGUGCGGUUUUACCAAGCAUCUACUUCGGAGCUUUAUGGCAAAGUGGCCGAAGUACCACAAACGGAGAAAACACCAUUUUACCCACGAUCACCUUAUGCAUGUGCUAAAAUGUAUGGAUUCUGGAUUGUGAUAAACUACAGAGAAGCUUACAAUAUGUAUGCUUGUAAUGGAAUAUUAUUUAAUCAUGAGAGUCCACGAAGAGGAGAAAAUUUUGUUACGAGAAAGAUCACAAGAUCAGUUUCUAAGAUACAUCUAGGCCUUCAAGAAGUUCUAGAGUUAGGCAAUUUAGAUUCUAAACGUGAUUGGGGACAUGCGAAGGAUUAUAUAAAGGCAAUGUGGCUGAUGCUCCAACAACCGACUCCUGAAGAUUUUGUCAUUGCUACUGGUGAAACACAUAGUGUUAGGGAAUUUGUGGAGGAAGCAUUCAAGCACGUUGGACGAACGAUUAAAUGGGAGGGUGAAGGAGUUAAUGAAGUUGGCCUUGAUGCUUCAUCUGGUCAACUUUUGGUUCGAGUCAAUCCAAAAUAUUUUCGACCAACGGAAGUGGAUUUGUUGUUGGGUGAUUCCACCAAAGCCAAAGAGAAGUUCGGAUGGGAGCCUACAGUCACUUUCAAGGAACUCGUAAAGGACAUGGUGGAAGCCGAUCUAGAAUUGAUGAAGAAGAAUCCUAACGCUUAAAAGUAUUAUACUUUCUUUUUGAAAGUAAAAGCAUUUCACAAGGGUAUACUCCGAAAUUUAAUCCUAGGUCAUAAAAGUUAAUGACAGUCCAACAUUAAAUUCUUCGACGAUCUAUUGGCUAAUAUGUUUCAUUUGCGAUCUUUAUCAAACUUUAUAGUAUACCCUGAAAAAGGAAGAAAUUAUCUUCGAGUCUAGAAGAUAAAAACUUAUUAAUAUCCAUGUCAGCAUUUUCCAGUGAUAUACGGAAUUACAAUAGAUCAAUUUCAAAUAUAUUCUUAUCUAUAAAUGACAACCUGUAUGUAUGUAUAUGUAUAUAUAUCUUCCACGGUAAUAUAUAUCACCAUGGAAGAAUUACGAAAUGAUAUAAGCACUGUCGCCGUCAUAUAAUUUUACAACUUUAAGUACAACGCAUGGAACUUGUGCAAGAUUUCAAAGUCUUCAGAACAUUCCCAGUGAAAUUAAUUGUGGGGACGUAUAUGAAAGGAAUAUUUUAGUAACAAGCACAAAGAAUGUGAAUAACUAUCCAUGAGCGAUUAUCGUUCAUAUAUUUGUACAUACAUUAUAAUACUAGUCCCACAGUAUUGUUUCUGUGUAUUACGCAGCAUAUCGAU